ACAUGCUAUUACUUCUCCAAAUUAAAACUUACCUUCACGCGCAAAUGAUUUAAUUAAAUCAUAAAUAAAGAAGCAAAAUCAAAAUACUAAGACCUCCAAUCAAAUUAAUCAAUCACACAGCUUCUCUUUUGCACCCCGCGUCUCUCUCUCUCUCUCUCACAGUGGCUUCUCCUGGACUUCACACCUCAAGUUACUUGCUCUCUACGGAUCUCUUCGCCCCUCCAAAAAAAAAAACAUUUCUGUUUUUCUUUCUAAUGAAUUUCCUCUAUUUAAGCUCCCUUUCAUCCUUUCCUUCCACUUUCUUAACUGUUUCUUUCUUCAACAAUUCCCCCUUUCUCUCCCUUUCUUCAACAAUUCUCCUUUCUUCCUAGAGCGCUAGCUACUUAGCUCGAAAAAGGUUGUCAUCAUUCAGUUUUCUACUUUGAAUUCCCAUACAUGGAAGAGGCAAGCGUGGUGAACAAGGAGGAGGAAAUGGUGGAUCUGCCGCCGGGGUUCCGCUUCCACCCCACCGACGAAGAGAUCAUCACCCACUAUCUCACCGAGAAGGUCAAGGACGACGCCUUCGCCGCCGUCGCCGUGGGUGAAGCCGACCUCAACAAGUCCGAGCCCUGGGACCUCCCCAGCAAAGCGAAGAUGGGGGAGAAAGAGUGGUACUUCUUCUGCCAGAGGGACAAGAAGUACCCUACAGGGAUGAGGACCAAUCGCGCCACCGAGGCUGGCUACUGGAAGGCCACCGGAAAAGACAAGGAGAUCUUCCGGGGUAGAGGCUGUCUCGUCGGGAUGAAGAAGACGCUGGUUUUCUACCGCGGCAGAGCUCCCAAAGGACAGAAAACCAAUUGGGUCAUGCACGAAUACCGCCUCCACGGCAACUUCUCCUCCUUCCCCAAAGCUUCAAAGGACGAAUGGGUUGUGUGUAGAGUGUUCCACAAGAAUCCUGCGGCGGCGGCGGUCGGCGGUGGUGGAGGAGCGUGGAUGAAGAGAUCCUCUCCGAUGGAAGAGCUGUUGAGGGCGAAUUCUUUCGGCAACGACGAUUUCCUUUUGGACUCUUCCUUGUCGCUCCCGCCGUUGAUGGAUCUUCCCUACGGUGAUCACAACCACUUCGCCAAACCGACGUCCUCUGGAGCAGCAGCGGCUGCGGUGGGGGAAGCCAGUUCCAAUUAUGGAUUCGCCAAUAACUACCAUCUGUAUACUUUUCCGAAUCCGGCGGCGGGGUAUUUGCAAGGCGGCGGACAGUGCAAGGUGGAGCAGUCGGUGGUCAGCCUUUCGCAAGACACGGGGCUGAGUACGGACAACAUGAGCGCGGCGCCGGAGAUCUCGUCGGCGGGAGGGAAGGGGUACGAUGGGUUUGAGGAUCCGACGUCGGCGGGAGGGACCACGUCAUCGGAGUUGGACUAUUUCUGGGAUAAUUACUGAUUGUGAUUUAUUCGGGUUCAUGAAUAUGAAUCUUGAUUCUUAGGCCCACCCACCAUGGGACUGUUUGAUUAAUCAGUUAAUUCAUCAUUAAGGGUGAUUAAAAUUAGGACAUUAAGAAAUUGGAGAAGGGGGGAAAGGGACAGUGAUUAAUUCUCUCUCUUUUCUUUCUUUGUACUUACAACAUUUGAUUAGGUAUUCUGUGUACAGAUUGUGGUGUUGUUACGAGCUCUAACCUUGUAUUGCAGAUGUAAAAAUCUGCAAAUUUUAUUAACUGAUAUACAUAUAGAUGAAGGAGAGAGCUAUGUGCCUAUAUCAGUAUAUAUACCAUUGUAAAACAUUCAUAUCAAAUAUAUAUGUGUCCAAUUGUUUUUUUAUUAUAUGUUUUUUAUUGUGUGC